GCCCGUAUGACGUCAGCAUUUUUAGCCGAGCAGUAGGAGCAAUGUGCAGAUAACUUGAAUGGAAUAAUGAUUACCAUUUGACUUCGGGUUGUCUGUAAUCUGGUGGCAUUAAACAAUAGUGUACCAGUGAAUGACUUGUGUAUCUGCCGCUUUGAGGAUUAAUACAUACUACAUACUUGCAACUCGAGACAGCAAACUGAGCUGCGUCAUUUUACCCUGCGUCAUCGGCGUGCUGCCUCGUAUGUAUUCAGGUUGUAUUCAAGUUGAAGUAGACUGUGCCCAGUUCCCGUACGCUGAUCAGUGAUGAAUGCAAAGAACAGCUUCACGUUUAUAGCAGUUCUUCUUUGGACAGUUGGUCCUGAGAAAGGGUCUGCAAUACAGUGCUAUGUAUGCAACUCCCAUCUCAACGGAACGGCCUGUUACAACAUUGACAGUCAAAGUGAAGAAAAGAGAAAAAGCUAUGCCUUCGACUGUGACAAGCUGGGUUUGAACCCACCGCCUACAAUGUGCAGAAAAUUACGACAGGAGUAUGGUAAAGAAGAAGUCCGAAUCAUUCGGGGCUGUUCUGUCACCUACCCCAGCAAGUGUGUGCAAGGGAGCACUGCAGAUAACAGUGGGCGCUACUUCAAAUACUGCCAUUGCAAAGACCCGUUGUGUAAUUCCUCCAGCAGGAAUGGCGGGACGAUGUUAGCGAUCCUCAUCGCUCUUCUUCCAGUUAUGAAAUACUGCUGCCUUAAUUUGUGAACUGGAUAAGUGGGAGAAAAGUUAUUAAAAUAUAUUGGUCCAGAUACAUUUCAUCCAGAAAUGUGCAUUUGAAAAAAAAAAAAAAAAAAUCUUGAGGGUUGGGGGUGUUCUUACGGAGGGGUGUUUGAUCCCCUGGAUCUACCCCCGGACAGUAUAUAGCGGUAGUUCUUGUUUUUGUUUUUUUUGUUUUUUUUAUUGUUUUCUUUUCCCAAUUCUGAUAUAUAUUUUGUGUGGUGAAUGAUAUUUAAUUUUAUUUUCUCGAUGGAUAUUGAAAAUUGCACACCUCAUCAAAUAAUUUUUAAUCAAAUUUUGCAGUUCUAUUCUGUUUUGGCAAUGUUCAAAUAAAACUAUUUGUCCAUCAUGUGGCUUGUCAAAUAUUUUAAGGAAAUAAAUAUCUGUAAAUGGAA